UCAAGCUUAUUUCUUCACACAACACAUACAUAUCUACAUUGAAAACAAAACUAAGUAGUAAUAAUCAUCAUGGCUAAGUUUGCUUCCAUCAUCACCCUUAUCGUCGCUGCUCUGGUUCUCUUUGCUGCAUUUGAAGCACCAACAACUGUGGAAGCACAGAAGUUGUGCGAGAAGCCAAGUGGGACAUGGUCAGGAGUUUGCGGAAACAGUGGCGCAUGCAAAAAUCAGUGCAUUAACCUUGAAGGAGCACGACAUGGAUCUUGCAACUACGUCUUCCCAGCUCAUAAGUGUAUCUGUUACUUCCCAUGUUAAUUUACCUAAAAAUCUUUUGUGCUUCGUGUGUGUAUUUUACAUAAAAUAAGUCUGUGUCAUUCUAGAAAUGACUUUAUGACAUGCAUAUGCCUAUGUUUUAAUGUUUGGUUUGCUUUUGUUGUUAUAAUAAUAUAAAAAAUUAUGUACGACGACGUAGGACUGUUUCUUCUUGUC